ACAAGAUGGCGGCCAAAUCGCCGCUUACUGUUGAGCCUCCUCUUCUUCURUUUUGUGACACUUUCAGCCAUCAAGAAAAUGAGGAGAUGCACCUUGAUUUGGUAAGUUUUCCAAGGCCUGUUGCCAUCCAGGAGGUCCGAGUCAUCCCUGCUGGACAUAGGGUUCAUGCUGCUAUAAGUGACAGAGAGAAGAUAGGGGAGACGCAUCCUUCAUCUUUCAAACUUGAUAUGUUUAUCAGGAAUUUGGAUAAUCCUGGAGCUGUAGUCUUUGAGAGACUAGGAGUUCUUGAUUAUAAAGAACCCAACCAUUUCCAGAUUACAGCAUCUGUCAAGGCAGCUACAGAUGUGGUAGUCCUCCGUGGAUGGUACACUCGCAUCACCAUAUCCUUAUAUGGGUAUUUCACUGAAAUCUCACGACCUAUGGUCCAGGAAACACGGACAGACAAACAUUCYGAGAGACCAUCAGUCAUCAUGGAACCCAGACCCCAAGACCAGCAGCCUCAAGACAGAAUGCCAGAGAAGAUAGAACGAGGCUAUCAAAGAACCUAUGACAGAGUUCAUGAGAGAGGACCUCCAGAAAAGAUCCCUGAGAGGGCUGAACGACGUGAAAGGUCUUUUGAAAGAGGCGCAUAUGAAAGGGGCUCUGACAGGGGGUCUAAGAGCUCUGAUAGAGAUGAACAUGAAGGGAGAAGAGAUGAGGAGCGCCGUUCACGUGGGGAUUCACGGGAGUCUGAAGAAACUAUUCGACCAAGUAGAAAACAAGAAGUUGAUCCAAGGUCAAGAGGUUUUGAUGAUGACGGRCGARUCAAAAGCUCAGAAACCUUCCCUGAAGAAGGCAGAAGAGGGAGRGGAAGACCAAGAGAUGAACUGCGAUCAAGGCAGAGUGACACAGAMGGAAGAGGRAGAAGAACCAACGAAGAAGAAGAGAGAAGAUCAAGAAGCAAAGACAGGACCCCAGCUAAAUCUCCACCAAGACGYAGAUCCUCCAAAGAUUCGCCCGAAAAAGUUGUUGCAACUGUUGGGGAGAGUACUGCCGCCAAGCCAACCACCCCACCGGGGUCCCCUAGGGAGGAAGCAGAGGAUUCAGGCUCUCRGUCAGGGUCCCAGUCAGAUGACCUAUUUGAACCACUAACCCCAGACCACUCCCCUAAUAUGUUUUUGUCUGAUGAAGGGGCUGAUGACGAAGAGCAGGAUGCCUAUGAAGAAAUUUUGAGUGAUGAAGAGGAUAUGAAUUUAGAUGAUGGCRCACUUGAUGAAACAGGAGUACAAUUUGGAGACCUUGAUCUGUACAGUGAGGAUGCCUGGAUGUCAGUGUCUGUAAGCUUCAACCCUUACCAGUGUGACUUAUCACCUCUUACGUCAUUCCCUGCACCUGACCAAACGGAACAUGARGMUGCUCUUCAUAAAUUCAAAGAUGCAGCAACUACCGAAACUGCCAAAGAUACUGGUGAAAAGCUGGUAGAACUUGUUGAAUUGUGCAAAGUCUAUCCAAGAAACACAAAAUGGGUUGAAGUUCUUGAAGAAAUYCCUCCUUUAGUUACACCUGGUCUGGCGUAUGUGAUGAGAACAAAAGAGGACAGCGAUGUUACUUUGACCAGUUUAAUUGAAUGGACCAUGUUUGCUUUGAAUAUGGAUGAGGCCAUGAGACUCCCUAUUGCAGUCAAUGUGAGAAUGUUGAAGGUUGCUUUGAGGAUGGUACAUUCAUUGUGUAACUGUGGACCAACCAUUGCAGCUCUUCUGAUUAAUGCUGGUGUCCAAGAAAAACUUCAUGAGCAUUUAACUUGUGAACAUAUGUCUUCCUCCAUGAAGCUGCAUGCAUUGCAAGCUCUUGAUAGCAGCACAGACAGCCAUAUUGGCUUGGAACAUUUUCUUGGCUGGGAUACCGUAUCCAAGGAUGAUGAUGUUGACGAUGUCGACAUGACAGACAGCAAUGAUGAAGAAACACAAAGUGGUUAUCAAAAACUCAUGGAGUUUUUACUGACUGACCAGACUGUCCGUGUGGUUGAUGCAGCAUCUGCUCUUGGAAGGAAAGUUCACUUCUAUGAACUCUUGGCUUCAUUUCAAAAUGCAGUAGAAAGGGUCAUGAAAACAACAGCAGAGACAGCUGCMGCAGCACAAGACUUUGAAGGGGAGUCAGAGCAAGAGCCUGGUUCAGAGAGCAAGGAACCCAGGACCCCUCCACAUGAUGUGUUCUCUAUGGACAUACAAUCAAUGUCAAAACCUUUGAAGGAUGGAGGAUCAAAUGCUGACGAUACAGAAAUCAUUGCUCUUGCUUUGGAUGAGAUUUAUGCUGUUUUGGAUAAUGCAGUUGAACUUAUUGUAUGUUUCUGUCAAUUUAGUGGGAAAUUUGCUAUUGCCUUCGUUUUUUAUUCAUUCACUUUUACUUCUCUUAGCUACUUCCAUUCCUGCUWUUUUGUUUUCUAUUUGUUUCUUUGCAAACUCUCCAAGCUUUGCUGUAUUCUACUAACUGAAAUCGUUUCUUUCUCUAUUUCUUCUCUACUUUGCUCUACUCUACAACAUUUUACAGCYCAGCCACCAAUCAAGUCAUUYCCMACUACAGCUAAGAUAACAGCAAUUGGAUUUUCAGUCAAGGAUCCUUAUCCUGUUCUCUUYMGRCUUUUUGCUGUCAGGCGUUUGUURGAAUCRAUUGUUGUGUUGAUGUCCUCAGUUGUUGGYUGUCAUCCSCUKGUUUACUGUGGCAUACGAGAUUUGAUCUUUCUUCUAUUGCAGUCACACAGAGGUCUGUUGUUUUUGUCCUCCCAUCCUGAGACUGUUGGUGGUCUGAUCAGAGUUCUCACGCAAACAACGGAGAGUGAUAUUCACCAUAGUGAAGCACCGCCGCUACAAGAGUUCUUGAGAGAUAGUACAACAGCAGAUCUUUGCACAUCACAACAUCUUGGUCUYCUUCUCAUCUAUCACUUACAGACGCUUCAAGCUGUAGAUCAACUUGUGACUUCGUUGUCCAAUGGAAUCAGCGCAACAGACUUGGAUGGCGCUGACACUCUGUCAACAUUACACACGCURUACUCCAUGACAUUCACCAUGAUAGGAAAAGCAGCCGUUGUUCAAGUAAUGAGUAUGGACAAUAAUCUUUCUUCGUUGCUACCAUUUGUCAAACCAACUGGAGAUCCUUCUGAGGAUGUAAAGCUAAAGAAGUGUGUUUCAAGUCGUUAUGCAUCAGUUUUGAUUCUUCUCACCAUAAAAUGUUCAGAUAAUGUGCAAAUGUUGUCCAAACUUGGCAGUCAACUGUUGACCAUCACAGAGAAGACUGAAGCAGAUUCACCAUUGACAGAGUUGCGCAACUGGUUGGAUCCACUCAAGGAUUUGACGUUUGACGUGCCUAGUAUCACAAAACUUGUCGAAUAUGUGCAGAGCAAGCUUAGCACUCUCAACACGUCACAUGAAGUUGCCUGUGGCGUCCUGAUGGCUUUGAGGAUCCUGAGACACUUAGUUUGCCCUGAAAAAGAUGAUCAAAACAAGUCGCAAGGUCAUCAAAAAGAUSUCAAUGUCAAUCUUAGUUGCAUUCAACUAUUCUCCGCAAAUGCCAUGGACAUCUUCAUCAACACAUUGCAAAAACUUGGCGAGUUUGUACUCCACCCAUGGAGAAAAGGACAGCCCCUAGGAACGGGUCAUCCGUUAGUAACCAUUUCCAUGGCAACUCCAUUGUUAGCUUUAUUAAAGAGAAUGUUAAUUGAGCUUCUUGACAAGGGUACAUAUCAGUUUAAGGACACGAGACUGAUGACCUCUUUGAUGCUAAUACAUACCGUAAUGUGCUCUGCGCCCAUGACUGGUCAGCUGAAUAGCCUUGCACAACAGAUUCAGAGUGACAUUGUUGCGAUCUUCAUGACAUUCACGCGUCCAAUCGUCCAGUCAUCAGAUCAUGAAGAAGCUAUUAAUGAGAGUAUCUGGUCUCUAAUGCUGAAAGAAUUGUUCAAAUACAUUACUUCAACACCUCAGGCAUUUCUAGGCGGACUUGUGUUGUUGUCUGAACUUCUGCCAGUUCCGCUUCCCAUGCACACUUUGGAGGAAUUACAACAAGAGGGCAUCAGUCAGGUCAUGAACCAYCGUCUGCUUUGGAGUGCACAUCUGAAUCCGCUGAGYUCUGAUCUACAGGGAAUUYUAAAGUCGCUUUCUGUAUCAGCUUGCCAUAAUCUUCAACAAGUCCUUCGUCGAGUUUGUUCUCAGUUGGCCGAUCUUUCUGCACCAACUGCGUUUAAUAUCGUCAGAACUCUCCUUGAAGUCCUUGACAAUGAGAUGUCCAAACCAUCUGAAGAAGAUAAAAAGACCUGUACKGCUGAUGCUAUUCGAAUCAUGGCAUURCUUGCCUUCUUGUCAUCCCAGCCAGCUGUGAAGAUAUCUCUAUUGCAGCUAUUGAAGAUAAGYCGWGCUGGUAAGAAUGACGAUGURAUGUUCCCYAACCUYCUUCCAUCGAUGUUAGCGAUGUUGAGUGCUGAACCAGACGCCGUGACAGUCUCCCGUGCKCAGUAUUGUGUAGUGUCAAUCAUCCAGUCUUUGUGCGACCCAAGUGUUAGUUUGACGUCGUUCGUGACUCCGUACACCAAUCAACAUCUCGCCAACACCCUCCCUGACAGCGAGAUGCUGUCAAUCAUAUGCACUGCCUUACUGGAUCACGUGGGCUCCACCAACCAAUCAUUUGCCACCAUUUUAUUAGCCUUGAGGUCAAUGGUCACUUUGACAGCMCACAAUUAUGGCGUUUAUCACCUGAAAAGGUCUUUGGAGUCAAACACUGAAGUAUUUCACCGACUYCUGAAACGACUGUCGUCUUCUUUCGAGACUGGUAUUCCAGGACCCGAUAGUCUCUCGACUCUUUCAACAACAACUGAAYUACUUCAGCUGCUUUUACCAGAGGAAGCAACCACAGAAGAAAGCCAACCUGUCGACAGCCAAUCAGAGACAAUKAAAACAGAGAACGACUCUGACGUCACAAAACCGGUCGACGAACCGGUUAAACAAGAAAUUGUCGAGGAUAAAACUGAGCCUGCGGUUAAAACUGAGCCUGUUGAGAGUCAGGUAAAAACUGAAGAAGAAACAGUGAAGACUGAACAACCUGUGGUCAGCAGUAUUACUCUGAAGAAGGAAGAGCUGUUUGGCUUGACAGACGAUGCCGAGUUGAARCCAACAUCCGAGAUAUCGGUUUCUGUCGAACAGAUGAAGAUGUUCUUGAAAGCGGACAGCGAGGAUGACUUCUCUUUGAGAGUGUUGGAAAAGCAUCUCGAGGAAAGCUGCAAGGAAGAUGAAACCCUCGACACCCUSCUGGAUGGCAUUACAACUCUUAAGCAGAUCCUGGAGAAGGGAGACGACACWGGACAAGAUAAUGAAGAAGACAAGGAGCCUGAUCUUCCAUCAUCUCAUCCCUUCCAACAAUUGUUCAGUAACCGAGUAACAUACAUUGCUGAUCCUGAGGAGGGUGGUGUGAGUCCAACGCUGUGGUUUUCUACACCUCCCCCCGACGAUAUCGACCCUGAAACUGAUAUGGUUAACAGUGAUUUGGAUUCUUUGCGAACGAAAUAUUGCCCCGACUUUGAUCUGGCUGCUGAACUAGAGAAAGGUGUUGUACCCUCCCCUCCCUCAUCACCAAUACGAAAAAAGAGCAGRGUUGUCAAGCGUAAGUUUGAUCCUCUUAUUCACGACGGGAACAAAGAUGUGAAGCGAUUYCGUGGAGGAUAUGGCCGUGGUCGUGGAAGAGGUAUGGGUCGAGGGCGUGGACGAGGAGCGAGUGAUCUGUUUCGAUCUCGYAAACAAAACACGAGUAGACCUCCUUCAAUGCACGUCGAUGAUUUCAUGGCAAUGGAACAACAGCAUAAAGGACAAGACAACAUGCCUAAUAGAAGAACCAUGGAGGGACCAAURACUAGCCGUUCGCCUAUGGACCGUGGUGGCCCCAAUUUUCAAGGCAGUCAAAAUAGAUGGGGUGGACUGUCCUCUGGUCCGUUUAGAAAAGGACCGGGUCCCCAAGGCAUGGGUCGAGGGGGUGGUACUCCGGACUGGAUCARCCAGCGUCAGUUUGGUGGAUUUCCUGACCAACGUGGAUUUCAACGAGGGCCGAAUUGGAGCAAUCCACAGCAAUCGCAGUAUAGAGGGGGAGGAAUGCGUGACAAUCAGUACAGUCGCCCACAGGGGCGUGGCUACUGGGAAUCGCCGAGAACUACUAAAGACAUCGAUGGAAGAUUUAUGACGUCACCACACGUUGGUACCUAUCGACCGGGCGCAGGGCGAGGCUACCAAGGACGGCAUCUCAGAUCUUUCACACGUUGAAUWUAUAUUAWUUGCKACUYGCUGGUUAACAUAAAAACUUUAGCUAUAAUGUACAGAUUGUACUCUUGUAGAAAAGGCRUUUGAACAGCCAAAAUAAAGGACGUUUGUCGUCCGAURCUUGCAAAGCAYUUGCAACGUGAACUUGUGGACGUUUCUUGAGGAAGAGAACAGAGUUUUAUGGUUGUAAAGAGAAAAAGAGGUUGUUUSUUAUACCGUCUGUCAUGCAUCAUGCAAGACAAAGUGAAAUCAGAAUUUAUUGUUUAUUCGUAAAUAUUUCAAGACAUGUACAAGAUAAAGACCGAAUACUUGAGUAUUAUUUCUGACGAUGCUUACAAAUUUACAGGACUAAUUAAAUCCGUAAAAAUUCUAUUACAAAUUUGACUUGCGUUAAUUAAUACCUACAUUUGAUGUGCUUACAGUAACUACGAUUCUUUCACGAUAAUUCCACGACUAUCUCCGAUGAUUCAACGAAGAUCACGCGAUGACUUAACGCGCUUAUCCCGAUCAGUUCACGACCACUCUACGAUCUUACUCCGAUAUACUACGAUCUUACUCCGAUAGARAUCAAUUUGCGCUUAAAUAAAUUCUUGAUUGUUAGAUUGCAGAGGUUAUUUACAUUCUGAUUAAAUGAUGGAUACUGACAGUG